GUGAUCAUCUUGGGGUGGGAUGGGGGGGUGCCCAGGACUGGAAAGGCCGCCUCUACCCCGCUGAUCCCCACCGCCCAACUUUACGUGGGGCUAGAAAGACCGCGUCUCACUGCCCGCUGCCUGACCGACAGGGGGUUUUGAAGACCAUGAUCACAUGGAUGCACCUAACUAAAUGCUACCUGGGGACAUGGUGGUUCUUUAGAGAACACAUCUAAAUUACUAACUGAUUCCUUGGUGUACCACUCAACAUAGGACAUCAUUUGAUUUUAACUCUCAGAAAUCUCCUAAAUUUUCCCCACCAUGCUAUCUUUAUUAGCUUGAACUCCUUCCCUAAAAUGGUCCUUCUGUUGAUCCUGUCAGUCCUGCUUUUGAAAGAAGAUGUCCGUGGGAGCGCACAGUCCAGUGAGAGGAGGGUGGUGGCUCACAUGCCAGGCGACAUCAUUAUUGGAGCUCUUUUUUCUGUCCACCAUCAGCCUACUGUGGACAAAGUUCAUGAGAGGAAGUGUGGGGCAGUCCGUGAACAGUAUGGCAUUCAGAGAGUGGAGGCCAUGCUGCACACCUUGGAAAGAAUCAAUUCAGACCCCACACUCUUGCCCAACAUCACACUUGGCUGUGAAAUAAGGGAUUCCUGCUGGCAUUCAGCUGUGGCCCUAGAGCAGAGCAUUGAGUUUAUAAGAGAUUCCCUCAUUUCUUCAGAAGAGGAAGAGGGCUUGGUACGCUGUGUGGAUGGCUCUUCCUCUUCUUUCCGCUCCAAGAAGCCCAUAGUAGGGGUCAUUGGGCCUGGCUCCAGUUCUGUGGCCAUUCAAGUCCAGAACUUGCUCCAACUUUUCAACAUACCUCAGAUUGCUUACUCAGCAACCAGCAUGGAUCUGAGUGACAAGACUUUGUUCAAGUACUUCAUGAGAGUUGUGCCUUCAGAUGCCCAGCAGGCACGAGCCAUGGUGGACAUAGUGAAGAGAUACAACUGGACCUAUGUAUCAGCGGUGCACACAGAAGGCAACUAUGGUGAAAGUGGAAUGGAAGCCUUCAAAGAUAUGUCAGCCAAGGAAGGGAUUUGCAUUGCCCACUCUUAUAAAAUCUACAGCAAUGCUGGGGAGCAGAGCUUCGACAAGUUGCUGAAAAAACUCAGAAGUCACUUGCCCAAGGCACGGGUGGUGGCCUGCUUCUGUGAGGGCAUGACAGUGAGAGGUCUGCUGAUGGCUAUGAGACGCCUGGGUCUUGCAGGAGAAUUUCUGCUUCUGGGCAGUGAUGGCUGGGCUGAUAGGUACGAUGUGACAGAUGGAUAUCAGCGAGAAGCUGUUGGUGGAAUCACAAUCAAGCUCCAAUCUCCUGAUGUCAAGUGGUUUGAUGAUUAUUAUCUGAAGCUCCGGCCAGAAACAAACCUCCGAAACCCUUGGUUUCAAGAAUUUUGGCAGCAUCGUUUUCAGUGCCGACUGGAAGGAUUUGCGCAGGAGAACAGCAAAUACAACAAGACUUGCAAUAGUUCUCUGACCCUGAGAACACAUCAUGUUCAAGAUUCCAAAAUGGGAUUUGUGAUCAACGCCAUCUAUUCCAUGGCCUAUGGGCUCCACAACAUGCAGAUGUCCCUUUGCCCAGGCUAUGCAGGACUCUGUGAUGCAAUGAAGCCAAUUGAUGGGCGGAAACUUUUGGACUCCCUGAUGAAAACCAACUUUACUGGGGUUUCUGGAGAUAUGAUCCUAUUUGAUGAGAAUGGAGACUCUCCAGGAAGGUAUGAAAUAAUGAAUUUCAAGGAAAUGGGAAAAGAUUACUUCGAUUAUAUCAAUGUUGGAAGUUGGGACAAUGGAGAACUAAAAAUGGAUGAUGAUGAAGUAUGGACCAAGAAAAAUAACAUCAUCAGAUCUGUGUGCAGUGAACCAUGUGAGAAAGGCCAGAUAAAGGUGAUCCGGAAGGGAGAAGUCAGCUGUUGUUGGACCUGCACACCUUGUAAGGAGAAUGAGUACGUCUUUGAUGAGUACACCUGCAAAGCAUGCCAGCUGGGUUCCUGGCCCACUGAUGACCUGACAGGUUGUGAUUUGAUCCCCGUACAGUAUCUUCGCUGGGGUGACCCUGAGCCAAUUGCAGCUGUGGUGUUUGCCUGCCUCGGCUUGCUGGCCACCCUGUUUGUUACUGUAGUCUUCAUCAUUUAUCGUGAUACUCCGGUAGUCAAGUCCUCCAGCAGGGAACUCUGCUAUAUUAUCCUUGCUGGUAUCUGCCUGGGUUACUUAUGUACCUUCUGCCUCAUUGCAAAGCCCAAACAGAUUUAUUGCUAUCUUCAGAGAAUUGGGAUUGGUCUGUCUCCAGCCAUGAGCUAUUCAGCCCUAGUAACCAAGACCAACCGCAUUGCAAGAAUCCUGGCUGGCAGCAAGAAGAAGAUCUGUACCAAAAAGCCCAGAUUUAUGAGUGCCUGUGCCCAGUUGGUGAUUGCUUUCAUUCUCAUAUGUAUCCAGUUGGGCAUUAUUGUGGCCCUUUUCAUAAUGGAGCCUCCUGACAUAAUGCAUGACUAUCCAAGUAUUCGAGAAGUCUACCUAAUUUGUAACACCACCAACCUGGGAGUUGUCACUCCUCUUGGAUACAAUGGAUUGUUGAUUUUGAGCUGUACCUUCUAUGCAUUCAAGACCAGGAAUGUUCCGGCUAACUUCAACGAGGCCAAGUAUAUCGCCUUCACAAUGUACACCACCUGCAUUAUAUGGCUGGCCUUUGUGCCGAUCUACUUUGGCAGCAACUACAAAAUCAUCACCAUGUGUUUCUCGGUCAGCCUCAGUGCCACAGUGGCUCUAGGCUGCAUGUUUGUGCCGAAGGUGUACAUCAUUCUGGCCAAACCGGAGAGAAAUGUGCGAAGCGCCUUCACCACGUCUACCGUGGUGCGCAUGCACGUAGGGGAUGGCAAGUCAUCCUCUGCAGCCAGCAGAUCCAGCAGCCUAGUCAACCUGUGGAAGAGGAGGGGCUCCUCUGGGGAAACCCUAAGGUACAAAGACAGGAGACUGGCUCAGCACAAGUCGGAAAUAGAGUGUUUCACCCCCAAAGGGAGUAUGGGGAAUGGUGGGAGAGCAACAAUGAGCAGUUCUAAUGGAAAAUCCGUCACGUGGGCCCAGAACGAGAAGAGUAGGGGACAGCAUCUGUGGCAGCGGCUGUCGGUCCACAUCAACAAGAAAGAGAACCCCAACCAAACAGCCGUCAUCAAGCCCUUCCCCAAGAGCACCGAGAGCCGCGGGCUGGGUACGGGCGUGGGGGGCGCGAGUCCCGGGGCCUCCGGAGGCUUGGGCGGCGCGAGCUGCGCCAGCGCUAGCCCGGCAGGGCCCGAGCCCCCCGACGCGGGCGCCAAGGCGCUGUACGACGUGGCGGAGGCGGAGGAGCAGUUCCCUGCGCCCGCGCGGCCUCGCUCGCCUUCGCCCAUCAGCACUCUGAGCCACCGUGCGGGCUCCGCCAGCCGCACGGAGGACGACGUGCCCUCGCUGCACUCGGAACCCGCGGCGCGCAGCAGCUCCUCGCAGGGCUCGCUCAUGGAGCAGAUCAGCAGCGUGGUAACUCGCUUCACCGCCAACAUCAGCGAGCUCAACUCCAUGAUGCUGUCCACCGCUGCUCCUGGCCCCGGCGUGGGCGCCCCUCUCUGCUCCUCCUACCUGAUCCCCAAAGAGAUCCAGCUGCCCACGACCAUGACCACGUUCGCCGAAAUUCAGCCUCUGCCUGCGAUAGAGGUCACGGGUGGCACACAGCCCGCCGCCGGAGCCUCGCCGGCUGGGGGCGCUACCCCGGAGACCCCAGCGGCUGGUCCGGAGGCGGCGGCCGGCAAGCCGGACCUGGAGGAGCUGGUGGCUCUCACCCCGCCGUCCCCCUUCAGAGACUCGGUGGACUCGGGGAGUACGACCCCCAACUCUCCAGUGUCGGAGUCGGCCCUCUGUAUCCCAUCGUCUCCCAAAUAUGACACUCUUAUCAUAAGAGAUUACACUCAGAGUUCCUCGUCGUUGUGAACGUCACUGGAAACCACGCUGCGAUCCGCGUGCAGAGCAGAGACCUCCGUGUUCACACGGGGGGCGCAGUGACAUGCACAGUCAUCGGUUAGGACCUGAGGUAGAAGAUGACACGUUCAGCCUUGACGGAAACACGAGAUUAUAGUGCUAUUUCACAACAACCGACGAAGACAACAACUACAAAUCUUUUGGCAGAUUUUCUUCUAGUGGCCUUAGAAAACAUGGGCUUUUAAGAAACAUUGCUUAUAUUUUUGAGGGCUGACAAGGAGUCUGUUAAAACCGUUCCGUAACAAGUGCUUUGCUCUAGGGAAAGCAGUGAGCGUGAAACAGCAUAAAGGAGGGUGAAAGCAUAGUUAAUAAGCAACUGUAAAAAGUUUUAUUUGUUUACUUUAAUUCUUUUCCCAGAAGAGUCUUUGAUUCACCAAACAUGAAUGUACAUUUUCUAACAAACUCUUACAUCUGGGACCAAAACCUUUCUCGUUCUCGCUUUUUAUUUAUUUAUUUUUCCUUCCUUUAAAGACCUUGGAAAGCAGUACCUUGGGGCCCAGUACUUACAGAGGCGGGCGUGGUUGUGAGUAUGUCCCGUGCAUAACACACAACUGGAUAGUGAGUGCUGCGCUAAUGCACCUAGAGCUUCUACCUGAGACUUUCCUCUCCAAUUUGGUUGUGAAAUACUCUUCCAAAAGCCUGCGUCUGGAAUUCCACCUAGUUAUUUCAGAUUCACCUCCAUUAACCAAGAAAAACCAGUGGAAGAUUUCUUGACUAUUUCACCAUGUUGCCAAUCAAUACUGGAGUAGCAAAAAAAUAAUAAUAUUUUCUGGAAUACCGUUUUGUAAUUCCUCAUUGGGGUGCAUUGUGUAGCUGGAAUUUCUCUUUAUAAUAAUAAUUCUUGAGCUCCAGCCUGGCUAUCUGUUUCAUGAUAACACAGCCACUCCUCCUUAUGAAUGCUGUUCCGUUAGUGUUGCCAGCUAAAAUAUUAAAAUAUGCAUUUGGGCUUCUUCAUUCCUUUCUUUUGAGAACCUGAUGCACAAGAACUCCUCUGUUCUUUUUGAGUCCCACCACUGGAAGAGUGGUCCGUAGACCUAAUGAAGACUUUGUCACUAUUGGAGGGACUAUUGUUGAAAAAAUUAACACAAUAUUAAUACACUGGAAAUUUUAAACUGUGUCAAGUAAGCUUAGCAAAGAUUUUGCUAUGCCAAUGAGCAGUGAUUUUAUCUUUUCCUGGCUGCUUACACAGGGCAGCUAUGAACUAUGACAAACAUAGAUUUUUUUCAAAGCAAUACAGAAUACUGAAACAGAGGAACCUUAAUGAAUAUUAACAAGUCUUUCUUAGCCAUUCCAAAAAGAAAAGGCAAAGCAACUAUUAAUAUUUUCCUUUUUAAAAUAAGUAUUAAUAUGAUUUUGUGCACUUCAUACUGUCACUUUUUAAAUACUGCAGAAAAGAGAUUUAGAGUUAUAAUAAAAACAUAUGUGCUUUGAUAGGAUCGUAUAAGGUAGAAAUCAUAGCUCAAGACCUGAAUUCACUGUCAUCUCUUUAUUCAUCCCAUUGCAGCUAUCCUCAGGUACCAAAUGUUUUUGAUUUCUAAAUAAAGAUAGUAAUAAAAGGAGGAGGUGUCCUAUAAAUUAAAGUUCAGUUGACCCAGCCUUAUACUAAAGAUAGCCUUAUGAAAAAGAUUUGCUGUGAGGCAAAAGUCUAUUUUUGGCAGAGAGAAAAAUAAAUAGAACUUUUUCCUUUUAGCUCAAUAUCCUCAUUUUAAAUCUCUCAUCUACUUAGAAAAAAUGAGAAAUAGAAGACUAUCCAUUGGCAUAACUUAUUAUAUCCACUUUAAAAAGUUACAAGCAAUAUACUGCUUGUGGAUUUCCCUUUUCUGAUAUCUGUUCUUACUUGAAAUUUGAAGUCAGUUCUCCCAAUAUAAAACAUUAAAAGCUAAUGCUAAUUUACUAAAAUAUUAACGAUAAUCAACCUCCUAUGCCAGAUUUGAAAAUAACAUCAUCAGAGCACCCUGAUCCCAAAUGCGAAUGAGACUUUGGAAACAGAAAUGAAAUCCAUAAUAAUUUUUAUAGUUUCAUUGAAAGAAAAUGUCUCCCUCCACCUGAAAAACAAAUGUAAAUAUUUUGAAAUAUUAACACCCCUGAGUCCCCAUCAGAAAGGUGGCCCUCAUCUGGGGAUUACUGUCUUGAUUUCUUAGGUAUAUUUCUAAAUAUGCUCUAUUAUCUAAGUUUUAUAAUUUUUAUCAUUAAAUCCUUACAUUGAUUUCCAUUUUAUUCUCAAGUACAAUAAAUUUCACUCUAUUGACCAAAAAGAGACCAUUUUUAAAACUUUCUCCAUGAUUAAAUUCAUUUUUUUAAUUUUUCAGUAACAUAUUUCCUUAAAAAGUAUACCACUUUGAGAAACUUCAUUAGAAAUUAAAAUUUAAUGCAAAUAAACUUCCACCUGAUUAUUCCACAUGUCAUUAUCAACUGUAAUAAUAAAAAUAAUUUAUCCAAUUAGAGAAGAACAAGAUGUAUUUUUCUCUAUAUUUCUGUAACCUUUGACACAUCAUUAAAUACACUGUAUAUUGGACAUGAAAUUAUUAGUGAUACAUUCUUGAGAUCUUUUAUGUUGGAAUGAUGCUGUCUCUUUGCCAAUUCUAAUACCAGGUUCCAAGUAAUAACUCUAUAAUACAAAGAGAACUGAACAUUUACUGUAGGGCUAGGUAUGAACUUCACAACUCAUUGGGGUACCUAUUUAUAUUUCCUUGAAAACAAUUUGUUACUGGUGCCCAAUGAUAAUUCAGUCAGGACCUGUAUGUCUAAAAGGAAAGGGAAAGUAAAGGAAAAUACUAAGGAUCAGCAAAGUGACACUACUGGAGAGUCUGAUCCUGGAAAGAAAAAGAGAAGACCUGGGUUGAUCAUGUUUUACUGACUAAGCAAUCCACUCAUCUGUGGGAGAAGAGUGGGGCAGCCUGAGAAGACCAUAUCUGGAUUGGGUGAAAAAGUUAUUUUUAGGCUAGGAGUGGAAAACAGAAGGGGAGUAUGGAAAGGAAAAUCAUCAAAAAUUUGACUGAAGCAAGGGAAAAAAGCAAAUCCCCAAUGUGUUAUUCCUUGAAAGUAAGUCUUUUCCAAACUAUUGAUAUUACCAGCAAGAUCAGGAAGACUAGGAGUUAUUUCUGACUGUAAGUGAAUUGUAUAAUGGCUCUUUUGCAGUUCUGUGACUUCCAAACCAGGAAUUAAACACUUUUUUUUUUUUUUAAGAAAAACAAACAACAAAAACAAAAAACAAAAAACAAAAAAAACAGAACAAAACAAAAAAAACAACAAAAAAAAAUUUCCUAUACUAGUCUCCCAGCAAAAUGUACAUGUUUUGGAGACUUCAAAGGUAUUAUAUGAGUUCACAUUUAGCAACAGCUUAUUAAUAACCCUCAAGCUGUCAGAAUCUCUAUAGUUACCAUUUACAAUUUUAUACUGUGAAAAAAAUACAGAUCAGUGAAUGUGCAAAGAUAAAUUAGAAUUUCCUUUGAAGAAAUUUUGAGACCUGGGAGAUUCUCUACUGUCUAUUGAACAAUGAGCAUUGUAUAAAAUAGUUGGUUGAAUUUCACUGAUCUUCCCAAUGUGAACAAAUAUACUAUGUAUAUUGUGUGUAUUUCUAGAAUUCAAUGGCAGCUGCUGGUGGUGUUGUAAUUAGAAAUCUAUAUAGAAUAUAGAUGUUUUAGAGAGAUGGUGCCAAUCCUAAAAGAUUUGUGUGGGCUACAAGUGCUUGUACCUACUUUUUCUGCACUUAUAACUGAUUUGGUUUUACAAUUGUGUGCGCGUAUCUGUUUUUUCUGUUGUUGCAGCUUGUACUAUUAAAAUGAUAGAGAAUGUUAAAUUAUUUUGAUGUGAAUUGCAAAUGAUUUUUUUCAUAAAGUUUAACAUUUUUAUCAGCAAUUUUGCUUUGUACUUGUAUAAAUGUGUUUUAUUUUAGCAUUUUAAAAUACACUUGCCUGUUUCUCAGUUGUCCAAAUCAUGUUCUAUAGUUGGUGUUUGUGAAAGUCAGUUACUUUUUGAAAAAUAUUAAAAAAGAAACUAUGGUAUGACUUUAAGAUUAUUCCCCUCAAAUGUUUAGAAUAUUAUCCUAACAGUGUUUUCUAAGAUGAAAAGAGUCAUGCUAUUAAUUGAAAAAUUUGAAUGAUAUACACAUUUGAAUUAUGGGUUUAUGAAGUAGGCAGUGAACAAUAUAUUAAAGUUAAAAUAUAAAUCAACCACAAAUCAACUAGGUAUGCUGUCCUCAAAGACAUCUACGAACACCUUUUAAGAUGUAAAUUUGAAAAUGAAUUUUUAAAAGAAAUGUAGGGCAUAUAAUUUUUUUUAUGUCUAGGUAUAUAAAUUAUAGAAAUAGUUCCACAAUUUUCUAAGUGGAUAGACGUAACAUCACACAGAUAAAAUAGAUUAUGUCUAUGUGUAUGUCUAUGUGUCUAUGUGUAUUAGAAACAAUCAUAUAUAUAUGCAUAUAUAUAUAUAUAUAAAGAGAGAUUUUAAUUUUGGGUUUAUCUACAUGUGUGCUUGUGUAUAAAUGUGUAUUUGUGUGUAUGUA